GUUUUAUAAAAAAAAAAAAUUAAAAAUAAGAUAAAAACCAAUGGCUACCAACGAAUCAUUUGGUUGGGAUCUUUUGUUUAAAACAAUCGAACCACAAGUUAAUAAAAAUGCCGACAUUCUAAUUGCAUUAACGCAUUUUGUUUUAAUUAAAUCGAAAUUUCGAUGUUUGGGAGUUGGUGAUGAUAAAACCUUAUCUGAAGAUGAAGAAAGUUCAGAGCUAUUGCCACAAGGUUGGAAUGAUUCGGAAGACAAGUAUUCGCUAAGAUACGUCCUCGAUAAGAAACUCUUUAUACUUUUGGCAACGAAAUCUGAAAACAUUUUCAUUAUCAACUUUCUGGACGUUGAAAGCAAAGAUGUUUCCAAUCUUGCCCUAGACUCAAAUGAACUGGUAAAAGCUCUUAAAGGUUCUUUACAAACAAUCAUGCCGACUGCAUCGGCAGUUAUGGAUCGUAUCAGAAAGGAAUUAAUAGAUCCGGUCUUUGCGGGUUCAACAAAAGCUGUUACAACCCAAACUGCCCCAGAGCCCAGACGCGAUAGAAGAGAUGAUGAUUAUGAUCCGUUAAGGAUAACAGGACCUCAUUAUGCACCGGGUUUCCGUGGGCCUAUGGGAAGUGACCCUUUUGGAUUUCCACGAGGCGGCAUUGGAAGUGGCGACUUGGAUCCUCUAGGCCGUGGUGGUGGUGGAAGUUUAGGUGUACUGCCACGACUCGGCCCUCACCGAGGCGGUGCACGAUUCGACCCAUUCGGACCAGGUCCAGGAGUUCGCCCUAAUCCAAAUCAUGAUGAAUUUCCACCACCUGGAUUUGGUGAUUUUAUGUAUCAAUAAGACUCUCUUUUUUGUUUUCUCUGGAGAUUUAGGUAUAGUAUACCAUUGGUAAUUGGAUGAUAAUUUUAUAAUGAAUAAACAUUGAAUAGAAGAAAUA